AUUUCCACCUCCGUCGCUCCAGCUCAUAUUCAUUUGUUCCAGCUCUCUCUCUGUCUCCGUCUCUGCGCGAGCUAUAUAGGAGGCCGAUCUCCUUCAGCCCUCGCCGCCGGUGACAGCGAUGGACGUCCGCCGGCGGCAACCGAAGUCCCCCCACCGCCGCCGCCACGGUGACGACCGGAAGGAUCUCCGGCUGUCGGCGCCGGCCGGGGCCGUCGAUCGCCGCGGCGAGCCGCCGCCCUCGUCGUCGCCGAAGGCGUCGGACGCUCUCCCGCUGCCGCUGUGCCUCACGAACGCGGUCUUCUUCACGCUCUUCUUCUCGGUGGCGUACUACCUCCUCCAACGGUGGCGGGACAAGAUCCGCAGCUCCGUCCCGCUCCACGUCGUGACCCUCCCCGAGAUCGCCGCCAUCGUCUCCCUCAUCGCCUCCUUCAUCUACCUCCUCGGAUUCUUCGGCAUCGGCUUCGUGCAGUCCUUCAUCUCGCGGGCCUCCCACGACGCGUGGGACGUCCUCGACGACGAGGUCGCCGGCGACGGGUACCUCCCGGAGGACGGCGACCCUCGCCGCGCCGCCAUUGCCUGUCCUCCCCCGAAGCUGGCGGAGCCCGAGCCUAUCGACUCGGCCCUGUCGUCCGUCGAGGACGAGGAGGUCGUGAAGUCCGUCGCGGACGGCAAAAUCCCGUCGUACUCGCUCGAGUCCAUGCUCGGGGACUGUAGAAGGGCCGCUUCCAUCCGGCGCGAGGCGCUGCAGAGGAUGACCGGGAGGUCGUUGAAGGGCUUGCCCCUCGAUGGGUUCGAUUACGCGUCGAUCCUGGGGCAGUGCUGCGAAAUGCCGGUUGGGUACGUGCAGAUUCCGGUGGGGAUUGCCGGUCCGUUGUUGCUCGACGGGUUGGAGUACUCGGUGCCGAUGGCGACCACGGAGGGUUGCUUGGUGGCGAGCACGAACAGGGGGUGCAAGGCGAUCUAUGCAUCUGGUGGGGCCACGAGCGUCUUGUUGAGGGACGGCAUGACGAGAGCGCCGGUCGUGCGGUUCGGUUCCGCGAAGAGAGCGUCGGAGUUGAAGUUCUUCUUGGAGGAUCCGGUCAAUUUCGAGACCUUGGCUCUGGUGUUCAACAGAUCGAGUAGAUUCGCCAGGCUCCAGAGUAUAAAAUGCUCGAUUGCUGGAAAGAAUCUUUACAUGAGAUUCACCUGCAGUACAGGCGAUGCUAUGGGGAUGAACAUGGUGUCGAAAGGGGUUCAAAAUGUGCUGGAUUUCCUUCAAAGCGAUUUCCCAGACAUGGAUAUAAUUGGCAUUUCUGGAAACUUUUGCUCCGAUAAAAAGCCUGCUGCUGUGAAUUGGAUUGAAGGGCGGGGAAAAUCAGUUGUUUGUGAGGCAAUUAUUAAGGAAGAGGUGGUGAAGAAGGUUUUGAAAACCAGUGUACAUUCACUAGUUGAGCUCAACAUGCUGAAGAAUCUUACAGGAUCUGCUGUUGCUGGUUCUCUUGGUGGAUUUAAUGCCCAUGCGAGCAACAUCGUGUCUGCUGUAUUUAUAGCAACUGGCCAGGAUCCAGCACAGAAUGUGGAGAGUUCUCAUUGUAUUACCAUGAUGGAAGCUGUCAAUGAAGGAAAGGAUAUUCAUAUUUCUGUUACCAUGCCUUCUAUUGAGGUGGGCACGGUUGGAGGCGGAACUCAGCUGGCUUCACAGUCUGCCUGCCUGAAUCUGCUUGGUGUCAAGGGUGCAAGUAAAGAGUCACCGGGAGCUAACGCGAGGCGCCUGGCCACCAUUGUCGCUGGUGCAGUCCUUGCUGGAGAGCUUUCCCUAAUGUCCGCCAUUUCAGCUGGGCAGCUUGUAAAUAGUCACAUGAAGUAUAACAGAUCCAGCAGAGACAUCACAAAAGUCGGUUCUUAGAUGGAGAGAACAUGGCCCAAGUGUUCGAACAUGGAAAUAAGCGCAUGCGACUGAGAGGAAAGGGUAGCUGCAAAUUCAGUAAUAGAAAAGGACUUUGGAAUGUUAAAACCCCACGUGGGAUUGUUUCUUUGUGAUAUCUGUUGAAGCGUGGAAAUGGACCGGUUGGGCGACGAUC